GGCUUAUAGCCUGUUAGCUAAAAUCACGUGACGUACAAAAUGGCAGCCCCCAUGUUCAAUUUCAAUGUUGGUGUUUUGGGACACGUUGACAGUGGUAAAACGAGCUUGUCAAAAGCCCUUAGUACUACAGCAAGUACUGCUAGUUUUGACAAAAAUCCGCAGAGCAAGGAAAGAGGGAUAACUCUCGAUCUUGGCUUUUCUUCUUUUCAAGUAGAUCUCCCCACCCACCUAAGUAAUGAAGUGGGACAAGGUGUUGUGCAGUACACGUUGGUUGAUUGUCCAGGACAUGCAUCCUUAAUCAAAACGAUAAUUGGAGGUGCACAGAUUAUUGACCUGAUGCUACUUGUGGUUGAUGUUGUAAAAGGUUUACAAACACAAACAGCCGAGUGUCUGGUGAUUGGUGAAAUCACAUGUAACAAGAUGAUAGUUGUUCUAAACAAAGCUGAUCUUUUACCACCAGAUAAAAAAGAUACUAUGAUAGAUAAGAUGAAGAAGAAGAUGCUAAAAACACUAGAGAACACAAGAUUUGCUGGUGCUCCCAUUGUUGCUGUAGCUGCCAAACCAGGGGGUCCAGAGUCACCGGAAACAGAGAGUUUGGGUCUACAAGAUCUGAUAGACACCCUCAAGACAAACACGUAUAUACCUCAGCGAGAUGUAAAGGGGCCAUUUAUCUUCUCCGUAGAUCAUUGUUUCAGUAUUAGGGGUCAAGGCACGGUGAUGACAGGGACAGCCCUCAGUGGAAGCGUGUCGGUCAAUGAUACUAUUGAGAUUCCAGCUAUGAAGGUCACUAAGAAGGUCAAAUCUAUGCAGAUGUUUAGAAAGCCUGUAGAGAAAGUAGUUCAGGGGGAUAGAGCAGGAAUCUGUGUGACCCAGUUUGACCCCAAGUUGUUAGAGAGGGGAACCAUUUGUACCCCAGGUGCUCUUCCAACUAUUGAAGCUGCGGUCAUCUCUGUCCAAAAAAUACCGUAUUAUAAAGGCAGUAUUACAUCAAAAGCAAAGUUUCAUAUUACUACGGGUCAUGACACAGUGAUGGGGAGAUUAACAUUUUUCGGUCUCUAUGACGAUACCACUGACCGACGGUCAUUGGAAAAACAAACUGCUCAGAUAAAAGUUAGUGAUGAAGAUUCCCUCGAUCUUUCAAAAGAAUAUUUGUACCAGGAUGAAUUAAUUUCAAACAGUUCUAAAGGGAAAGGUGAUUCUGCGGAAGGAGGCGAAAUAAAAAAAUUACCUGUGAAACAGUACGCUUUAGUCCAGUUUGAGAAGCCAAUGACAUGUCAAAAUUCAGCGUUAGUGAUUGGUUCUAAACUUGAUACAGAUAUACAUGCCAAUGUGUGUCGAAUAGCAUUCCAUGGAAAGUUGCUUUUGGGUAUGACGGACCCAAAAUAUUCGGAAACCAUUCUUCCGAAGAUAAAAGCUUACAAGACAAAAGUGAAAGAGGGCUUAGUAGAAAGAGUGAUGGAUGAGUACACAGUGAUAGGAAAGAAUAUGUUUAAGAAAGAGACAAACAUAGCAACUUUUACAGGUCUGAAGAUCACAUUGUCAACUGGAGAGGCAGGGAUGAUAGAAGGAGGGUUUGGUCAAAGUGGGAAAAUUAAAAUUAGAAUACCAGGUGGAUUACCGCCAGAAAUUGUGAAAAGAUAUGCCGGUGGGAAGAAGAAAUCAAAAGGAAAAGGAAGUGAGGAAUCCGCCAAUCAGGAUGAAGAUGUCUCUGACAAGGAGCCAAUCAAAAUUUUCCUUACAUUUAAAAGAUAUAUUUAUGAUCCAGAAAAGAAAAUGAAACAAACUUGAUGAUUGAAUGUAAUUUACAAUUUAUAGGGAAUGGUGGAAUUUUCUACUUUUUGUAGUAUAUUUACACUAAGAAGAUAUCAAACAAACAUGUAUGAAUUAUCAACCAUAACCUUGAUUUCAUGUUGGUUUUUGGUGAAUGGCCAUUUUUGUAACAUCUGGAAUGACAAUAUUAUUAAUUAGCUAAUUAAUGUCCAUUGAUUCUAUACCAGUACUUUACUGUUUUUUCUGUAAAGUAUUUUAACCUCGUUAAAUCAGACACACAGGGCUAGCUGCAUCAUAUGAGCAAAAUGGCCACAAAAUAAUUAAAUUGGUUAAAAAUUAAAAAGAACAUUUAAAAAUAGUAUGACUUUUUGAAUUUCCAUUCAGGCAGAUGACAGCAGACUUAUUCUGAAUACCAUCAUAACAGUGUCUGACAAAACUUGUGUUGAAACCAGUACUGGAACUAUUAGAUCUGAAAACUAUAUUCUAAGCACCAAAAUCUAUGUCU